AUGGCCUUGAACCCAGGGGGCGGGCGGGGCGGGCGCCAGCCAGGGGGCGCGGCCGGGAGCCUGGCCGCCACGCCCUCGGGAGUCCUAGGCGCCGUCUCGUCGCCACAGAGCGCCCGGGCACCGGAAACCAUGGGGAAGCUGAUAGUUCUGACCCUGCUUGGGGCCGCCCUGGCCCUAAUCGGGCAGAGGUUAGUGGCACUUAGACAAAGAACUAAUGCAUCUCGGAAAGUGGAGCCAGUAGAACCCCGGUACUGCCGCCUCAUUGAGGGACUUGAAAAUGGCUCUGAAGAUAUUGAUGUACUUCCUAGUGGGCUGGCUUUUAUCUCCAGCGGAUUGAAAUAUCCAGGCAUGCCAAACUUUGCACCAGAUGAGCCAGGACACAUUUUCCUGAUAGAUCUGAAUGAGCAAAACCCAAGGGUCCAGGCACUAAACAUCAGUGAUGGUUUCAACAAAGCAUCAUUUAAUCCACACGGAAUCAGUACUUUCACUGAUGAAGACCAUACUGUGUAUCUUUAUGUUGUGAAUCAUCCCCACAUGAAGUCCACGGUAGAGAAAUUUAAAUUUGAGGAAAAACAACGUUCUCUUGUACACCUGAAAACUAUAAAACAUGAACUUCUCAAAAGCCUGAAUGACAUUGUGGUUCUUGGACCAGAACAGUUUUAUGCCACAAGAGACCACUACUUUACCAACUUCUUCUUGGUACUAUUAGAGAUGAUCAUGGAUCUUCGUUGGACUUAUGUUGUUUUCUACAGUCCAGGAGAGGUCAAAGUGGUAGCCAAAGGACUUAGUUUUGCCAAUGGGAUCACAGUCUCACUAGACAAAAAGUAUAUCUAUGCAGCUGAUAUAACUGCUCAGAACAUUCAUGUACUGAAAAUACAUGAGAACUGGGAUUUAACUCAAGUGAAGGUAAUACAUCUGGGCACCUUAGUGGAUAACUUAACUGUGGAUCCGGACACGGGAGAUAUUUGGGCAGGAUGCCAUCCUAAUGGCAUGAAGCUGCUGAUCUAUAACCCUGAGGAUCCUUCAGGGUCCGAAGUACUUCGCAUCAAGAAUGUUUUGUCUGAGAAGCCUAAAAUCAGCACCGAGUAUGCCAAUAAUGGCUCUGUGAUUCAGGGAAGCUCUGUGGCUUCUGUGUACCACGGAAAACUGCUCAUAGGCACGGUAUUCCACAAAGCUCUGUACUGUUUGCUCUAGACUCCAGACAUUCCAAAAAGUCUUGUCAACCGGUGAAAGACAAAAUGGCAAGCAGCAAAAUAAAAGUGUUUAUUUGGGG